AUGACUUGCAGCCUCCUUUUUCGAACAUCUCCACUCACAAGGCAGAGCACCUCAUCAAAUGAUUUCGCCGUGGCGAUCUCGCAGAACAAGGGCCAACACCGAGGUGAGGAUGUGGUCGUCACACCCGGAAGCAACGGCAUCCUGAGGAUUGCCUUGCUCAUGGACGGCCACGGGGGCCAAGACAUCGUCCGGCACGCUGCCUCCUUGCAAGAGGGCCUCCUCAAGCGCUGCACAGAUGUGCAGGUCUGGCCUGGCUGUGCUGAAGAUGCAGUUGCAGCCUUCCAGGACCAGGCCCGGCGGCAGAACUGGCGCAGCGGUUCCACCCUCGUGGCAGUGGUGUCAGAGGUGAAAACCUCACGCGUCGCCUUUGCCUGGGCCGGAGAUUCCAUGGGAGUCUUGAUUCGUGGUGGGCACAUAUUGUACAGGACAACGAUGCACACCCUGGAGAAUGAUGAGGAAAUUCACCGUCUGCAGACACACCGCCCAGCAUACAGCUAUCGCCUCCGUGACGGCUAUUUGUGCAGUUCCACCCCCUAUGCUGGGUGUGUGAUGCCGACCAGGGGCUUGGGCGAUGUAGACUUGGAAAGUGCUGGAUUUCUGGCAGUGCCGGAGACAUCAGACUUCAUGGACGUGACUGCAGAUGACAUUGUUCUUGUUGCUUCGGAUGGCCUGUGGGACGUCGUGGGCACAGAGGAAGCCGUGGAGAUUCUGGCAGAUGUGCAGCAUGCAAGCCGCGAAGACCAGGCAACGUCACUCGUCGCGGCGGCGCUCAAAGGCUGGCGGACAAGGUACGGUCCCAAUGAAGCAGACGACGUAAGCGUACUGCUGUAUCGACCUGUUUCCUCUAGCCGCAGCGGCACUGCUGAGCUCUGA